CUGUAAGUUGGUCUUAAUACUUUAAUUUUCAGUCUUAUGUAAAUGACUAUUAGGAGUUUUGGUUUAAUUCCAGUAACAGAACACCACAGUACUGUUUACCUCUCCAGCUCCAUCCUAAAAGCACUAAUGAUCAUAGGGUUCGUGCGCGCGGCGUCUUGGCGCGCCUCAGUGAAAACAGCGAGCCAUUGCUUUGACGUCACGGUGAUGAUGAUGAUUGGAAUCCGCACGGCGAGUGUAGUGCGCGUGAAGCGGCUCCUGUGGACCUCAGUAUGUUGAUGCCUUAAUAACAAGUGUUCAAUUUACGCGCCAAUUGCAGGAGCACUCAAGGAGAGAAGCAAAUCCGUGAGAUGGUUCGGUAGACGUCGAUGUAAUGGAUUUGACUAAAAUGGGUGCGAUCCACCUCCAGAACCCCAGCCACCCCACAUCGCUCCUGCAGAAGGCCAACCAGAUGCGCCUCUCUGGGACAUUGUGUGAUGUGGUCAUCAUGGUCGACAGCCAGGAGUUUCAUGCCCACAGAACCGUGCUCGCAUGUGCUAGUAAGAUGUUUGAGAUCCUGUUCCACCGCAACAGCCAACAUUACACUCUGGACUUCCUCUCACCAAAGACCUUCCAGCAGAUUCUGGAGUACGCCUACACCGCCACGCUCCAAGCCAAGCUGGAGGACCUGGAUGACCUGCUCUACGCCGCAGAGAUUUUAGAGAUAGAAUACUUGGAGGAGCAAUGUCUGAAGAUCUUGGAAACCAUUCAGGCGUCCGAAGAGAACGACACAGACGUGAACAUGAACGAGAACAGCGCAGAUGAUGCCGAUGACCGCAAGAUCAAGUACCUUAAGAGCACAUUUAUCUCUAAAAAGCAUUCCAUACAGGACGCCGGCCAUCGCCAUCGCUUGGCGCUGGUCAGCAUGGUCGAUAAGAGAUCUUCAGAGUCCAUCCAACUGGGUCUUUCAACCGUCAGCCCGACUAAAGCAGCCGUAGAGGGCCUGAUGAGCAUGGGGCAGUCUGUCCUCCAAGGAAACAUGGCCCAGAGUUUCUCAAACAACCUUGGUAACUCAUCUCCAUUUUUAGAUAAAAUCAAGACUGAGAUGAUGCAGGUAGAUGAGGACUACCAACAUGAUGGUGGCUUCCCCAGGAACGACUCCAGGCAGCUCCGGGACACUCCUGGAACCCCGACCAGAGGUAGCGUCAUCACCAGCGCCCGCGAGCUCCACUCCACCGAUAGUUCUGCUGAUUCCCAUGGAGACAACAGCCAAGUGGGUCUAGUCAAUAUGGCCAGUCUGGCUGAUAGACAUUUCGCUUCGCUGUGCUCUAUCCCGUCCAACCAUAAGAGUGAAAGCAUGCUGCCCUUGCCUGUGUCCAUGGCCUCAUCGCUACAUGUGCCGUCCUCCCUGGCCAUGUCGAUGGAUUUCAGUGCCUAUGGGGGGCUCUUCCAUCAGAGCUUGAUUCAGAGGGAGUUCUUAAGCAAGCUUGGGGAUUUCACAGCGAAUGUAAAGCAUGAGGUCCAAACCCAGAAAGAAAGAUGUGAGGUGUGUGAUAUGGAGCUGCCUGAUAAUGAAGCUGCUGAACAACACAGGAAGUUGCAUGGUGGAGUGAAGACCUUUGGCUGUGAGUUCUGUGGAAAGCAGUUCCUGGACAGUUUACGAUUGAGGAUGCACAUGCUGUCUCAUUCAGCUGGACCAAAAGCACUAGUAUGUGAUCAGUGUGGCGCUCAGUUCUCCAAGGAAGACGCCCUGGAAGCCCAUCGACAGACUCACACAGGCUCAGACAUGGCAGUGUUUUGUCUCCUAUGUGGGAAGCGUUUCCAGACCCAGAAGGCUUUGCAGCAGCACAUGGAGAUUCACGCCGGCAUGCGCAGCUACGUCUGCAGCGAGUGCGAGCGCACCUUCCCGAGCCACACGGCGCUCAAACGCCAUCUUCGCUCGCACACAGGUGACCACCCGUUCGAGUGCGAGUUCUGCGGGAGCUGCUUCCGUGACGAGAGCACUCUGAAGGGUCACAAGCGCAUCCACACCGGAGAGAAGCCUUAUGAAUGUAACGGCUGCGGCAAGAGGUUCAGCCUCAAGCACCAGCUGGAGACCCACUACCGCAUCCACACAGGUGAGAAGCCGUUUGAGUGCAAGCUGUGCCACCAGCGCUCUCGGGACUACUCCGCCAUGAUCAAACACCUGCGUACCCACAACGGCGCUUCUCCCUACCAGUGCACCAUCUGCCAGGAGUACUGCCCCAGCCUCUCGUCCAUGCAGAAGCACAUAAAGGCCCACAAGCCCGAGGACGUGCCCCCAGACUGGAGGAUAGAGAAGACCUACCUGUACCUCUGCUAUGUGUGAGAUGGGCCGACAAAACCGAAUGAGAAAGUGGCAAGAUGCACCCAAGAACAAUUCACCUGAAGGUUUGCUUUUGGUCCAGGCCAAAGAUGGUGAGGGGGCGUGGUCAAAGUGAUGAAAUGUGAUGUGGAUUUUUUUUACCUUUCGUUUGUGACAUGCAUUUGUGCACAUUUUUAGGAUGUAACUGCACUAGCAAAUGUUUAUGAAAUGGAAAUGUUAUAUGUGAUAAAGGGAUGUGAAUUUUGAGAAAGUGUUAGUAGUACAGUCCACCACUAUGACGAGAAUCCAUUUGUCUGCAUUCCACCCUGUUGAUCGGAGGAAUUUACUGCAUGGUCAUACUUGUAAUGUUUUACUCAAAUAAGGAUUCCCGUAAUUUUUUUUAUCUCCAUGGACAACACAUAAGCCAUAGAUUUUUAAGACCCCAUGAAAUCUGUCAGGGAUUAUCCAGUAGGCUUUAGUUACAUCAAAACCAUAAUUUUAAAUGUAUAUCCGUUAAAGGUCAAUGUUUAGAAUACGCUAGCAACCUCAAAGCUAACACACAUGGACUCAAAGUCUCCUAUUUUGAUUUCAUGGAGUCUUAAUGGAGCUAUUCUGAGUCAAAUAAAAACAUGGACCAAAGCUGAAAACUUACACACACGAUGAAACAGAGGAGCUAAACACAUUAGUGAAUGAAAUUAUGCCCUUUUUUUAGUAAAUUGCUCCCUUAAGUUCAUUAUUAGGCUCUCUAGUCCUCAAUUUUCAUGUUUUU